AAGAAAGCAUUUCCUGUUUCAGUGCGCAUGUGCGUUGGCCUACACGUGUGGUAAGCGUUUGUAAGAAAACUCAUUAGUUUCGUAGCACUACAAAGAUACAGCACAAGAAACAUCUCUCUAGUCUUGUUUUCCUUUCCAAGCCGAGUGAAAGAAAUAGUCCUCCGUGAAGCAUUUCGCCGAGAGGGCCGGAAUAAAAGAAAAUCAAUUCAAAAUGAGUGAAGCUCAAGUGAACCCAAAAGCCUACCCGCUGGCUGACGCCACGCUGACCAAAACCAUCCUGGACCUGGUGCAACAAGCUUCAAACUACAAGCAGCUGAGGAAGGGGGCUAAUGAAGCCACAAAAACCUUGAACAGAGGCAUUGCUGAGUUUAUUGUAAUGGCUGCUGAUGCUGAACCACUAGAGAUCAUCCUCCACCUGCCACUGCUCUGUGAGGACAAGAAUGUCCCGUAUGUGUUUGUCCGCUCUAAGCAGGCCCUAGGACGGGCCUGUGGGGUGUCGCGCCCCGUCAUUGCUACCUCUGUCACCAUAAAGGAGGGGUCUCAGCUCAAACCGCAAAUUCAGUCUGUUCAGAUGGCUAUUGAGAGACUUCUCGUGUGAUAAUUGUUGCACUGCUGUGACAAAGUAUCUUUGAACAGAUUGAAAAAAGAAUCCCGUUUUGUGUUGGAUUAAAUAAAAAACUGUUGUUAUGCAUGGAAAUUAAUUAUAACUUUUAUUUUCUAGGAUUAUGACUUCACUUUGGUGUUAUCAGUGUACAAUGGCAUUACCUGGUCCAAAAUGAAAACAUUUUUUUUUAAA